AUGGUUCUUCAAAACGAUAUUGAUCUGCUUAACCCACCUGUUGAGCUUGAGAAGAGGAAACACAAGCUCAAGCGUCUUGUUCAAUCUCCCAAUUCCUUCUUCAUGGAUGUGAAGUGCCAAGGCUGCUUUAACAUUACGACCGUGUUUAGCCACUCGCAGACUGUAGUGGUGUGCGGAAACUGCCAGACAGUACUGUGCACACCCACAGGAGGUAAAGCAAAGCUCACUGAAGGAUGCUCUUUCAGGAAAAAGAUAUGA